AUGGUUAUCUCAGAGCUGACAGCAUCUGCUGCAGCUAUGAAAUCCAUGCGCAUAUCGGAGAGCCUUACGUCUAAAGAAACUGGCUCCGCUCCUUUGAAGAAUCGUGCGGGCGAAAGUACAAAUCCUUUCGUCCGUAGCUUUGCGGCCAGCCCUGUCGCGUGGCAGCCUUUGGCCGACGAGACCGUGGAACGUGCAAAAAGUGAAGGCAAGCUAUUGUUCCUGCAUAUCGGAUACAAAGCCUGCCACUACUGCCGCCUCAUGUCCACCGAGUCCUUCGCAAAUACGGAAUGCGCCGCCGUACUCAACGAUGCUUUCAUUCCAGUCCUCAUUGACAGAGAGUCUCGUCCCGAUUUAGAUACAAUCUACAUGAAUUAUGUUCAGGCGGUUAGCAGCGUCGGAGGUUGGCCACUUAACCUUUUCGUCACUCCAGAGCUCGAACCGAUUUUUGGUGGCACAUAUUGGCCAGGGCCCAAUGCCGCACCUCGCGCUCACGAUGAAAAUGCUGAGGAUGCUCUGGACUUUCUGACCAUUGUCAAAAAGGUUCGCGAUAUUUGGAAGGAGCAAGAAGCAAGAUGUCGCAAGGAAGCGACCGAAGUUUUGGCUCAAUUGAGAGAGUUUGCGGCUGAAGGUACUCUAGGAACGAGAGCGAUUGCGCAAGCACAAACAAUUGCGCCAUCAGGUUGGGCUGCGCCCGCGCACAGUGAGCAGACACAAGAAGCUGUCAAGAAUGUUUCCGUAUCGAGCGAACUUGAUUUGGAUCAAGUAGAGGAGGCCUACACACACAUUGCGGGCACCUUUGACCCCGUAUAUGGCGGCUUCGGCCUGGCUCCCAAAUUUCUUACUCCGCCAAAGUUGCAAUUUCUCAUUGGUCUUCGUGAUUCACCGAGCGCUGUUCAGGAUAUUGUGGGAGAGGCAGAAUGUACUCAUGCUUUAGACAUGGCAGUUGAUACCCUACGAAAGAUUCGAGAUGGAGCGCUGCACGAUCAUGUCGGAAAUACUGGAUUCGCUCGCUGCUCUGUUACCCCAGACUGGACGAUACCAAACUUCGAGAAGCUUGUUGUCGACAAUGCCCAGCUUCUUUCCCUUUACCUUACAGCCUGGCGUCGCGCCGGCGGACAAGCGACGAGCGAGUUCUACAACAUCGUAUUGGAACUUGCGACUUACUUGACAUCAACUCCGAUUCUGCGAUCAGAUGGGCUGCUCGCAUCUAGCGAAGCCGCCGACUCCUACGCGCGCAAAGGUGACGGAGAGAUGAAAGAGGGCGCUUUCUAUCUCUGGACCAAGAGAGAAUUCGACAGCGUCAUUGAAGCCGCUGAGAAGGGCGCCAGUCCAGUAGUUGCUGCACACUGGGGCAUUCUAGAGGACGGUAAUAUCGAUGAGCAGCACGAUCCUAAUGAAGACUUCAUGAACCAGAACAUUUUGCGCGUUGUCAAGACAUCCGAAGAGCUCAGCAAACAGCUGAACAUUCCCGUCGAAAAGGUUGAACAGACCAUUCGCACAUCCCAGAAGGAACUAAAGGCAAGACGAGAGAGCGAGCGGGUGCGGCCCGAGGUCGAUGAUAAGGCUGUCACCGGAUGGAACGGCUUGGCCUUGUCUGCUCUUGCCAAGACGUCACGGGCAGUGAAGACAACAAGUCCCGAACUCAGCGCCAAAUGCGCUACUGUGGCUAGCGGUAUUGCCUCCUUCAUUCAAAAGCAACUCUGGGAUGCUCAGGCAAAGAUUCUAUACCGAGUCUGGACGGGAGAGCGGGACACGGAAGGAUUUGCCGAUGAUUACGCAUAUGUCAUUCAAGGCUUGUUGGAUCUUUUCGACACGAAUGGCGACGAAUCAUUGAUUGAAUUCGCUGAUGCUCUACAAAAGGCUCAAUCUUCGUACUUUUACGACCCUGCAGGCGGUUUCUUCACCACCAAAGCCGGCUCGAGCUCUGCCAUCCUGCGACUCAAAGACGGCAUGGAUACGUCCCUGCCCUCCACAAACGCCGUUUCUGUUGCCAAUCUGUACAGACUCGGCCAUCUCCUCGACGACGAGACGCUCACCGGCAUGGCGCGCAGCAGCAUUAACGCCUUUGAGGCUGAGAUGCUUCAGCACCCGUGGCUCUUUCCUGGGCUGCUCGGCGGCGUCGUAACGGCCCGUCUUGGCGUGUCGACGGUGCGCAACCAGGAGAUCAAGUACAAGGCGACGAGAGAGAAGGCGUAG